AUGAGUCAAGAUACAAAAUCGACGCAACAACCAUCACUCGGUGGUUCAUAUGAUAAUUCAAGAUUUCAGAAUAAUAAUAGUGAACAAGGUAAUAAUGAUAAUACUUAUGCUGGUGGUUAUAGUCGUGGUGGAGCUCCUCCUCCCAAACAACAACCACAAUCUUCUUCUACACAAGUCUAUCGACCUCCCCAUAUACAAAAUCGAAUGAAUAUACCGAAUGGUAAUUAUGGUAACAAUGGCAAUAUGUCAGGUGGUUAUCGAGGAUCAGUUAAUGUUGGUCAACCACAUCCACAACAAAGCUAUGGCAAUAAUUAUGGUGGUGGCAAUACUCUUCAUCAUCCUCAUCCUCAUCCUUCGCAACAAUCAUACUAUGGUCAACCACCACCACAAAUGGCACCUCAACAAACACAAAUCUAUCAUCAACCUAUGUCAAAUGCUUAUCAACAAAUAGGACAAAUGCCACGUCCAAUGAAUCCUCCACAACCACUUGAUACUCGAGGUUAUGGCCAACCUAUUCAACAUCAAAUACAAAUACAAAAUCGAUCAUUCAAUGAUAUACCACAACUUCAACAAACAUAUAAUCGUCAAGAUCCAACUGGUGUUAUUAAUCAGCCAUCAUCCCAACAACAACAAACAAGUGGUCGAUGGGAUGCUAUUUUAGCUGAAAGACAAACGUCGUAUCAUAAUAAUAAUAGUGGUAAUAAUUCCAAUCAACGUAGUACUAGUGGUUUUUCGGGUAAUUAUAAGAGUCGAAAUGGUCGAGACAAUAAUAAUAAUAAUAGUGGUUAUGGAGGACAACGUGAUAAUCAUUAUGGUCGACGAGAUCGUGUUCCUCAUAAACCAUUUCAUUCACAUGUUGGUGGUCAAUCAGGUGAUGCAACCGGUGCUGAUUGGAAUACACCUUUACCAGCAAAUGCUAAUCUUGAAAGAGAACUAUUUGGUGUACAUCCAACUGGUAUUAAUUUUGAACUUUAUAAUGAUAUUCCUGUUGAAUCUUCACAUAUGGAUCAUUCACCAAUUGAAACAUUUGAUGAUUGUAAUUUUGGUGAAAUUAUUAAAAAUAAUGUCAAUCUAUCUAAUUAUGGUAAACCAACACCUGUACAACGUUAUGCUAUACCAACUAUAUUACUUCGACGUGAUCUAAUGGCCUGUGCUCAAACUGGCUCAGGCAAGACGGCUGCAUUUCUUCUUCCUAUAUUGCAUAUGAUCUUCGAAGAGGGACCUGUGCGUAAUCCUCCAAGUAAUAUACAAAAUAAUCGUAAACAGUAUCCACUUUGUCUUGUUAUGGCACCGACACGUGAAUUAGCCUCACAAAUUUAUGAUGAAACACGAAAAUUUUCUUAUCGUUCUAUGGUUCGUUCGUGUGUCGUCUAUGGUGGAGCUGAUAUUGGUUUUCAAGCACGUGAUUUGGAAAAAGGUGCUCAUGUUUUAGUAGCUACACCAGGUCGUCUUAAUGAUUUGAUACAACGAGGUCGUAUAGGAUUGGCCAAUGUCCGGUAUUUGGUACUUGACGAAGCUGAUCGCAUGCUCGACAUGGGCUUUGAACCUCAAAUUCGUGAGAUCGUUGAACGGUCAGAUAUGUCGCCUACGGGUCAACGAUUAACGCUGAUGUUUUCAGCUACUUUUCCAAAACAAAUUCAGGAAUUAGCACGAGAUUUUCUUCAUGACUACGUAUUUUUGGCUGUUGGUCGUGUGGGUUCAACAUCACAAAAUAUAACACAAAAAAUUGUAUGGGUAGAAGAAGCUGAAAAACGUUCAUUUUUACUUGAUUUACUAAACAUUCAAUCUGGUAAUGCAUUAACAUUGGUAUUUGUUGAGACAAAACGAGGAGCUGAUGUGCUUGAAGAUUUUUUAUUCAAUCAUCAGUAUUCAGUGAACAGUAUUCACGGUGAUCGAUCACAAGCUCAACGUGAAGAAGCACUGAGAUCAUUUAAAAAUGGUCGUACACCUAUUCUUGUAGCGACAAGUGUAGCUGCUCGAGGUCUCGAUAUUCCAAACGUUAAACAUGUGAUUAAUUUUGAUUUACCAUCGGAUAUUGAUGAAUAUGUUCAUCGUAUUGGUCGAACAGGUCGUGCUGGUAUGACAGGUCAAGCAACGUCAUUUUUUAAUGAAAAAAAUCGUAAUAUUGCUACAGAUUUACUCGAUAUCUUAAGUGAAGCACAUCAAGAAGUACCCGAAUGGCUCGAAGGUAUUGCAAGAGAAACUAAAAAAGAUAAUUAUUCCAAACGAAAUUACGGUGGUGGUCGACGUGCUGGUGGUUUUGGUGCUCGUGAUUAUCGUAAUCCAGCACAAUUACGUAAUAAUCGAGGUGGUAGUAAUAAUCGAUCGGGCAGUUCAACGAGUGGAUAUAGUAAUCAUCAACAACAAUGGGAUGGAUCUAAUAGUGGUGCCGGUGGAAACAUGUGGACUGGUGAUCAUCAAUCAGGUGGUGCUGCUGGUUAUGACCGUUUUCAACAACAAACUACGGGUGGUAAUGGUAAUCGUCAAGCAGACCACAGUUGGUGGGACACAUAUAGUGGAAAAUAUGGUCUUGAGGAUGAGUUACCUGAAAAAUAUUAUGUCACACAUGAAGCAUGGUUUAAUAUAUCAGUGAAAGAAACUAAAGUAUCAUCUACGCCGAUAAAAACAGGACGAAUUAUUAUUGGUUUAUUUGGUGAAAUUUGUCCAAUGACUGUUACUAAUUUUGUCACAAUUACUAAAGGUUUUCGACGAGGAUCGGAUAAGUAUACUUAUAAAGGUACGCCUUUUCAUCGUAUUGUUCGGGAUUUUGUUAUUCAAACCGGUGAUUUUACAAAAGGAGAUGGUAGUGGAGGCAGAAGUAUUUAUGGUGAGAAGUUUAUUGAUGAAAAUUAUAUUUUAAGUCAUCGUUCACCUGGUUGGGUAUCAAUGGCAAAUUAUGGAGAAGAUACAAAUGGAUCACAAUGGUUUAUAACACUUGUACCUGCUCGAUGGCUUGAUGGUCAUCAUGUAGCGUUUGGACGUGUUAUUUCAGGAAUGGAUUUCGUAUAUGAAUUAGGCGAAAUGGAAACAUUUAAAGGAACAAGUAUUCCAAAGAAAUAUAUAACUAUUGAUGAUUGUGGUUUAAAUGAUAUUUCAAAAUAUGAACUAACACAUGAACAAUUAGGCUCUUAUGAUGAUUUAGUUGCUGCUGCUUAG